AUGGCAUUCCAUGGCAGUGGCAAGGGGAAAGGGAAAGCUGUAGCUGAAAGCAGCGGCGAGCCGUCCAGUGUGGCUUGUGGGUCAUCUAACACAUAUGUGGUUACUACUGGAGGGAGGCAGAUACAAUUGAAAGGAGCAAUUGAGGAUACAUGGAGCCAUGGGACACCGUGCGACUUGGCACGUAGUAAGGCACCAUCACAGCCUCGAAUUGACAUUAUGCUUAGUUGGGAUUCCAAGCUUAAGCUUGCUUGGUCUAAGUUUUUCCAUGCCAAUGAUAUUCCUGGAAGGAAAGCUGACUGCCCCUACUUUCAAUCGGCGGUUAAAUUGAGUCAACAACUUGGGGAAGUGCUUAUCCCGAAAGGAAAAGAAAUAGAUGGUCCAUUGGUAGAACAGAAUUUUAAUGACUUGAAAGCUCACAUGGAGUCUUUUAGGGAAGAUUGGGAUCGAUUUGGAGUUACCCCCAUGUGUGAUUCAUGGACAAGCACUAGCAUGAUGUGUAUUAUUAACUUUAUGAUCUUUUGUGAUGGCCACAUGUUCUUUCACAAGACCGUGAAUGCAACUGGUGAGGUCCAAAAUGCAGAAUUCAUUUAUGGUUGUAUUAGUAAGGUUGUUGAGGAUGAGAUUGGUUCCAAGUGUAUCAUUCAAAUUGUGAUGGAUAAUGGUUCCAAUUACAAGAGAGCAUGCAAAAUGCUCAUUGCUAAGCAUCGACAUAUUACAUGGCAGCCUUGUGCUGCACAUACUAUAAAUUUGAUGCUGAAGGACAUAGGGCGAUUUAAUGAGGUUGAGCAUGUAGUGAAGAGUGCAAAGCGCAUAAGUAAUUUCUUCUAUAACAAUAACAGAUUUCAUGCUAUGAUGAGAGAGAAGAUUGGUGGAGAGCUGAUCCGGUGGAAUGCCACUAGAUUUGGCACGGUGUUCUUGUGCUUGCAGAGUUUUUUUGAUAGGCAGGAUGAGUUCAAGGCAUGGAUGGGUGUGGUGGGAAAAGAUGGAAUUGGUGUUGGACCACUUUUCUGUGUUCUCUGCUAUGCUGAUCAACAAAGGAAUGCUGCUGUUCUUGAUCCUCAAGAAUCAUACAGGUCAAACCUUGCAAAAAAAGUCAACUUCCCAAUUUGCUGUAACCAUGGCAAUCAAACUCAACGUCAGAAGCAGCAGCUGCGAUUGACCAAUUUUCUCGGUUCAUUGAAAAGAGAUUGUUAUUUGGAGAUACAGAAGCUCGGUGGUCAGCACUAA